AUGAAGCGUAAAAUAGAAGGUUUCCUAACAGCCGGAAGCGAGCAUGACGGGAAGAAUGUGAUCAACACCGAGAAUUUAAAUGUUCAAAAACUGCUGAGUUUCCGACAGAAGAAGGAUUCUGAAGUAGAUCCCCAAAGCUUUGUUGGCAGAAGGCAUCACAUUGAAAAGAGGAUACGUGAAGGUUCUCAGAGGCAUCAGAAAAAUGAAAAGAAUUUCAGUUGUGGCCGACUAGACGAGGUGGACGAUGCAUACAUUCUUGCAGCAUGCACAGAUUACGAUGAUUUGAAGAGAGCGGGCGUUGCAUAUAAGAUAGGCGACAACGGAAAUGGAAUACUGGAGGCGGCGAAUCGCAAAACCUCGAUAGGCGCAUUACCUCAUGAUCAGCACUAUACCAUGGACGAUCUUAUUACUAAGGAACUAAAGGAUGAGAGAGUUGGUAUGAACAUGGCUGGACAUAGCGGCGACGACGGCAAGCAAGAACUGGCCGAAAAAGUGCGAAAGAACACGGAAAUUGUGAAAUCAAUGUUUGAGUUUAAACCUGCGCACUUCUCGAACCAGAGACAUCAAUUUUCAAAUCUUCCAUGUGAAGAAGGUCGAGGAAAUUUGGCCAAUCCCGAAAUCUCGCCUUUUCCGUCUCACGUAGAUGCUUUAGGACGUUUUCAGUUCUCACAGUCGCAGUUCUUGGCGUAUGGUGCGAAUUUCGAAGCAGCAUACCCGUUGUCCAAUGUUCCGGCAGUUAGUUGCACAGAUUCGAGCUCAAACGGGGCUCCUUCAAGAGAGUUCUCUCCGAAUGCUGUCAAUGCACCUAAGAAAACACGUUCCGGAGUGCUGCCACCCAGAGAUAGCGUCCAAAAGGCCGGAAAAAAUACUUCAGCCCCAAGAGCGCCCAAGGCAUUAAAGAAAAUGGAAAGUCUAGCUAAGAAGUAUGAUUUGUGA